UUAGAACUGCAGAGUGUGUCUGUCUCACACCUGUCCUGUUGCCUGCUGUCACCAAGAGAGGGAGGGAGAAAGAGAGAGAUAAAGAGAGGGAGGAAAGUGAACGGAAAAAAGAAGAAAGAAUACUGAAGUCACUGGAAACUAGCAGAAAGCUGCACAGCAGAAGAAAAAUAGAUAAAGAGUGAAAGAAAGAAGCAAAGUCAUGAAGGACAACGGCAAGAAAGGUGGACGAGGACAGGGAGUCCCAGAUGGGCAAGCAGCAACCAAUGGGAAGAAUGCUGCCGAGGUGAAACAGGAAGACGACGGCUCAUUUUCUGUGAAGAUUCAGGGCCCUGGAGUUGAACCUUUUGAACUGCAGGUGCACGGGUUCUGGCUGGUCCAGGAUGUGGUGCUGGCAGCUCUGGGCCGUGAUGAGGUGGCUCCACGCACCUCCCUCUCUCUGGCCCUCUCGGGCGUUAUGCUGGACCCUCUGAUGCCACUGCAGCAGGUCAAAGGCCUCAAGCCAGGGGCCACCCUACGCCUGGUGGAAGAGCCCUAUUCCCCGCGUUCUGCACGUGCUCACCUGGCGAGGGUACAGGAUCUCCUGAGAGCAGCAGGACCUCAUGACUCCCUAAAAGACGGCAGAUCCCCCAGCAUUCUCAGCACACUCACACACACACACACCACAGAUGCUCCCCCUGCUGGACACUCCUCUAAGAGCCAGAAGCGCCCAGCCAGCAACACCAAAACAGAUCAGCCCGGCCAGGAGACCGGCCCUCCAGAGUACAUCCUGCCUGGAGCUGCAGAGCGCCCCCCACUGGCUACUCUGCUGCCCGCAGACCCACACAGUGAGGUUCCGAGCUGUUUGUUGGACCUGUCACUCAGCUGUUGGAACCCGCCCCCUGGCCCCAGGAAACUGCAGGGUGACUUUUUGUACAUCACUGUACACACACGGGAGGGGCGGCACUAUGAUAUCUCUUCCUGUCCUCGUGGCUUCUUCCUCAACAGGUCUACAGCUGAGGUGUUCGACCCACGUCCCUCCACUUCCUCUUCUGUCUGCCACUGCCUCACGGACCUGCUGAGUCAAAUCAGCUCCGAGUUUAAACAGAAUCUCACUGCACUGAGAAACAGAAACCAGCGUCCAGCUGAGGAGGCACUGGCAUCUCCGUACCGGGUGUUGAGCUGGCUGGGUCCUGCCUCUGCUACACGCUCCCACAGACAUACCUACAGCAGCCCACUGGCCAUACAGGAACACAUCAUUCCAGAGACUCCAGAUUGGAAUGAGGAACUGCAGGCAGCCAGAGAUCUGCCCCAGAGGUCCUUGGAGGAGAGACUGCAGAGAGACAGAGCCAUUCAACAGGUCAACAGCGCCUUUGUAUGGGCAGCCACACAGGGAGCAGAGACUGUGAUUGACGGCUGUGUGGACCCAAUCAACGGUGCCAUGGAUGAGCCGGCCUUCCUGUGGAGUGGUGUGUUUCUGAGCCAGGGCGGGGCAGCCGCUGCCCAUCUAGGAGGGGAGAGGGGGAAGAGGGCCGCCCAGCGUCUGGAGCUCAGGGCUGUUCAGGCCUACAGCCAGCUGGAAGGGGAUCUCCAGGGUCUCCACACGCUCCCCACAGCGGUGGUGGACUACCGUGGGGUGCGUCUCUCCGCGCAGGGCCUGGCCCCCGGCUCGCAGGGCUCAGAGGCCGGGGCCCCUCGGGGCCUCCUGUAUGGCUUCGCUGCGGGCCCCCUGGAGAACCCACUCCGCAGGAAGCUCUUGGAGCUCCUGGCCCAGUCGGCCAAGGGCCUGUCCCUACAGAGGCACGCCGUCAUUGGCCACGGGCACCAGGUGCCCCUCUUCACCUCCGUGGAUGCCCAGGGGCUGCUGGGGGCCGACGGGCGCUACUACGUGCUCGAUGUGUUCCGCACCAUGCCUGCCGACGCCAACUACCAGCCUGCAGAGGAGGACCAGAACGGAGAAGGGGAUGGCAAGGCUGAGGGUGUUCAAGCAGCGGCGACCUCAGACCUCAAAGAGCCAUGCAGGUUCCCUCACGCUCUCUGCCGCCUGAGGCCUGAGCUGGUCAAAGCCUUCAUCCAGCACAAAAACAUCCAGUUCACGCAACGAGUCAGAGAAAGGAUGGAGGAGAAUGGAGGAGUAGAGGAAUGUGUGAAACCUGGUGACCCGCGAGGGGCAGAAGCAGUAAGAGGGGCAUGCAAAGAUGUGGGCUCCAUCAGUGACAUCAUCUUUGAGAUGCGCUUCAACCCCAAUGUUUUCACUCCAGGAGUUGAGUUUGCCAGCUCUGAGACGGCAGCGAUCGAGCUGCAGAAGAAAAUGUUGAAGGAAGCCGGCUCAUUCAUUCUCACACAUCAGAUACCAGCACUGUUGGAAGACUGUUUGCACUGCCACGAGAUGCCCAUAGAUAGUGCUGCUCUCUGCCGUGUCCUGCAUGAGAGAGGAAUCAACCUGCGGUACCUGGGUCAGCUGACCACAGCCAUCAACAAAUCAGGAGACAAGGAUCGUCUUCGGCACAUAAGAAGAUUGGCAUAUGUUGAGAUUGUCUUGCGGUCAGCCAAAAGACUUUUCAACAACUUCUUACAGUCUGUGGAGGUGUCAAGUCUGUCAGCAGCUGUCAGUCAUUUCCUCUGCUGUCUGUUGCUGCCACACCAUGGCUCCGCCUCUGCUGGGGAGGAGCCUAAGAAGCGCUCCAGGAGGCGAGGCCGUGGAGGGGGAGGGGCUUCCGACAGCACUGCCUGGAGCACACUCAGUGGGAACGAACUGUGGAGCCUGAUUGGUCAGGACGCCAAAGCAACCUAUGGUCUUACAGAGGGCUUGGGUACCAAUGCUGACCACCUGGUGGAGCAAUAUGGAGUGCAGAAGAUGUCUCUACUGAGGGAGUUCUGUCUGAAGACCGGCGUACAGCUGCGACUCAGAGACUAUGUCCUUGAUAACCGUAACAAGGCGCCCAUCGGACCUGACGACGUGUACAACAUCCUACCUGUGGUGAAACACCUCACCAUGACGACCCAGGAUGCCUCACGGCUAUUUCGUGCUGCCCAGGGUUACCUGCAGAAAGGCCAGCUGGACAGGGGGUAUGAGCAGCUGAAGGAGGCAGCCUAUCUGUUUGGUCGUGUGUGUGAUGACCUUCACCCGGAGGCCUGUAGCUGUCUCAGUCUGCUGGCCAAAGCAGCCUACCUACAGGGCCGGCCCACGGAGGCUCGUAGUGUUCAACUGAGGGUGGUGGUGAUCAGUGAGAGAGUGCUGGGCUUCGACCACCCCAACACCAUCAAGCAGUAUGCUCUGUUGGCGGUGUAUGUGUACUGUGGCGGCGAGGUGGCCUUGGCACAGCGGUGUCUGUACCGCGCUCGUCUCCUCAUGCUGCUAGUGCACGGAGAAGACCACCCCUACAUCGCUACCCUGGAUAGUUCCCUGGGAUUAGUGUUACAGGGACCACAGUCCAUCCAGUACCUGCAGAAUGCCCUCAAAAUCAACUCCUCCUUCAGGGGAGACAUGGAUGUCAAGACUGCCCUCAAUCACCAUCUGCUGGCCCAGAAGAUGUGUGUAGCUGGAGACUACAGGGCAGCCAUGACCCACGAGAGGGAAGCCCAGACAGUGUUUAAGAACAAGUGUGGCGAGGACCAUCCCCAGACCAAAUGCAGUGCUGAUUUCCUGACAGCAAUUACCCAGCAGGCUGUGCGUGUGGAGCGCUCCCUUCGUCAGGGAGGAUCGGAGCUCUCUGACUUUACCACACCUGAGACUUUGGCGCCCUCUACAGACACAACACUCGAACAGCUGGCUCUGGUCAAUGGCAUCCUCAAGACCUCCUACAGUGAGAAACUUCUUCAGAUGAAAGAAAAACUGAGAGAAAAGAAGGCAUUGGAGGAAGCCACAGAGACAAAAUCUGAAACCCCAGAAACAGCCAAUGGACAACCUGAAGAACAAUCGGCCAAUGAUGGAGAGGUUGCUGAGGGUGAAACCACUCCCUCACCUGAUGAGAGAGCUAACGGUCAGUUGAAUUCUACUGCUAACGCUGAGUCACCCAUCCUCAAUGGAAACUGCUCAGCAAGUGACACAGACGAGGAAGGAGGAGCCACAAGGAAUGAGGACCUAUCAAAAUUGACCAAUGGUGAAGUGCACUCCACAGCAGCCAAUAACCAAUCAGAAGAGGCAGAGCCAAAAGUUAACGGGGUGUCUGGAUCUCACGAGGAAGAAGACAACACAAAAGAUGGAGCCCUGACUGCUGUGAGCAAAUCAGGGUCAAAGGUUGGUGUCUCCGUGGUUACGGAUUCCCAAUCUGAAGCCACCAUGAUCAAUGGAAGAGACAGCAUCAUGGCCAACGGUGAAGUGACGCCAGCACUGCAAAAUUCUGAGUGAGAGUUGAGCAACCAAUCAGAAAUAAGGAUUUGUGAACAUUGGCAGAGUGAACAAACCAAUUAGAGCAAAAUGACACAUCAACUAGAGAAUCACUGGCUAAACCAUGCUUUUUGCCACCAAGUGACCAAGGCUAUACCAUAUUUGAAGAUGUUUAAGCCCUAACUCAUCAAAUUUCCACAACCCUCAUAGUACUACUAUGGGAUUUGCUUUGAUUCUAACCAUGCAAGGUGACAUUUUGCAGCACUGAUAUCAUAUCCAAGGACAGUAUUUUGUUCUGAUUUACUUUUAGAAUUUAGAAAAUAAAAAAAAGCCUUACAGUCACCCUUUUAUUAUGGUUAUUCCCUGUAAAUGUAUUACUCACAUUCCCUUUAUCCCAAAUGUCUACACCCCCAAGACUUAAAACUGGACCAGAAAAAUAUGUUGCUCUCUCACAAAUACAAUUGACUCGUUUCAUAACGAGGGCAGAGUGAGAAGAGAAUGACAUGAAAAAAUGACGAGGUAAAAUUGUUUAAAAAAAAAAAAAAAAAGAGACACUAGAAAAGGAGGGAUAGAAAGCAGUUGAGAGAAGAGAGGAGACUGUUGUUUUGUGGUCUCCUCAUGUUGUCUACAGUGGAUCAUGUAUCUGGUGAUGGGAACGGGAUGUUGCUGUCUGUCUGAAGGCUUUUUUAAAUGGUUACAAUAAACAAGACACUUUCACCAAAA